AGCCUUUCAGGCUUGACGCUGGUCUCCAUGUUUUGCUGCAAACGAGGCUACCAGGGAAAAAAAAGGUAGCUUUAUUUGCCAGUGACGAAGCGACUAUGAUCAAGGAUUUGUGAAUAAAACGGAAUAUCCGUUGCUGAUACCAGCUAAGGUUCCAGCUGUUGGCAGCCUGAAGGAAUUUGCACUAGAGUCUAAGGUUUAACGCCACCCUCUGAACUUGAUCAGAAGAAGAGGGCUCUGACAUUUGUUUUGUUCCGGCCUCUAAAUUUGCUAAUAAUGUGCACAGAACAAACAAGGUUAUUCACGUAGAUUUACUAAGUCCAAAGCGAAGUCUGGACUUGCCUAGAUUUGCCAUUGAAGACAGAUGGUUUUGAGUCAUGGAGCAAGGUGUUGUGGACACUCCUGUUACGCUCGUCAUCAAGGCACCCAACCAGAAGUACGAUGACCAGACCAUUAACUGUUACCAGAACUGGACAGUUGAGAAGCUCAAAGCCCAUCUGUCGGAUGUGUACCCCAGUAAACCAAGCGCCAAAGACCAGAGGUUGGUGUAUUCUGGGAAGCUUCUUUUGGAUCACUUUACCCUGAAAGAUGUGCUCAGAAAGCAGGACGAAUACCACAUGCUUCAUCUGGUGUGUGCCUCAAGGACGCCCCCUGGGUCCCCUAAGCCCCACAGCAGCCGUGGUAACAAGUUCCCAGAGGCCUCCUCAGCGGGUCCCAUGGCCCAUCAGAGUUCUACUAGCCCCGCCCCCAGUCAGGGCAAUCAGUCACCUUCACCCGGAGAGAGCAGCGAUGGACUUAGACAUCGGGCAGGGCCACUCCCUUACUACCCAGUGCACCCAGCUUUCGUGCAAGGCUCUGCAUGGAACCAGUACUACCCUCAGUCAACUCCUCCCACAAACAUGCCAGCGUAUCCUUCUUACAACCCCUUGACACUAAUGUGGUGGCAACAGCUAUAUGCUCAGCAAUACUACAUGAAUUAUCAGGCGUUGGCAGCUUCCUCUCAGCAUCUCAGGCCAGACCAGCCUGCAACCCAAUCAAACCAAUCAGAGCUCCCCAUCCAGCCCCCUCAGGAGGCGCGCCCUGGCAAUGCUGAGGUCCAGUUGAAUGCCCAGGGAGGGGAGAUUCUGAAUGAGGAGGAGCAGAACCGCGACUGGCUGGACUGGGUGUACGUGAUGUCGCGUGCAGCCAUCUUACUCAGUAUAGUCUACUUCUACUCGUCCUUCAGUCGCUUUGUCAUGGUGAUGGGGGCCAUGCUUGUGCUCUACCUGCACCAGGCAGGCUGGUUUCCUUUUAACAUGGAGAAUGAACCGCAGCUGCCUGGAGACGGUGCCCGUCAAGGUGACAUGGAGGGAGAGCUACACAACCACGACAUACAAGAAAUGGAGCGAGUGAUGGAUGAAGGUGUGGAUGAUGACGGGGAAAGCGGAGAGGAAGGAGCGGACGAGCCCAACGGGAUGCCCCACACUGGCUUCCUGUCAUCAACCUGGUCCUUCAUCAUAACCUUCUUCAUGUCCCUCAUCCCCGAGGGCCUGCCGAAUGCUGCUAACUGAGCCACGGUCACUGGACCCCACCACAGUAUCCAAGAUGGACCAAUUCUCUUUUUCAAGAUUUUUGGUCUCGUAUAUAAUCCUUUUCCCCCCUUCCUGCUCAGAGGAUUGAUUUUGAUUGCCAGGCAACAUGUUCCCUGUAGCGUCCUUUAUAUCUACAGCUUGGAGUCCAAGCAUUAAUGACAGAUGCUAUUACUUCUUUUAUCUGUUUAACCAUCUGAAAAUCCACACCAUGUUCACUGGAAUCAUUGUGUAUGGACAAACUGGACCACAGCGCCACAGAACUAUUUUGUAUGAAAUGAACACAAGGGUGUUGAAUUGUCAAAUGACAACAUAAAGAGUAUGAAAUGUGAAUUGCCCCUGACUUUAUGGAAAUGGUGAAAAUAAUAGUAAUCUCUGUUACGGUAGUGUAAUAGACUGCAUUACUAUAAGUUUUCAUAGCGUGAUAGCCAGUACCUUUAUAAUACUGCACCAAGAUCAUAACACUAUUGCUUCCUAACAAACUGAACAAUUCUAGUCUUUGUACAGUAGUUGCAGUGUUUGUUGAAACUGUUUUGCUAGUCUACAGUAUUUACCAGUUUAUAGAUGCAACUGCAUUCAAGUAAGAAGAUACAAGGGGCACCACCUAAUCUAACUAAAAUGGAUUGAAUCUCUGUCUACCCUUCAAUUUUCUCAACAACCAGUCAUCCGAUUGACUUUACACUUGGUAGGUGUAUUGCUGAGGACUCAAGGAAGUGCAGUGUCGAGUGUGAAGUUGUUCGUAUGAGCGAUUGUCAAGAAAAUAGAAGGUCAGAUAUAUCCAGCCAUCCAUUAUCUUAACCGCUUACCCUGCUCUCAAGGUCGCGGGGAUGCUGUAGCUUAUUCCAGCAGUCAUUGAGCGGUAGGCAGGGAGACACCCUGGACAGGCCGCCACGCCAUCACAGGGUAAGACAGAUAUACAUACGUACAUAUAGACAGACGUUCUUCCCAUGGCGACUGGACGGCGCCACUCUGCCAUUGUAACCCACAGUGUGGUCAGAGGGAGUAAUACACUUGAACGGGCACUGCACUUGUAAUAUAACAUGUCUAAGUACAGUUGAUGAUAGUCCCAUGUGACCUCUCAAAGGGCUAAAAUUAAUAGUUCCAUUCUAAAAUCAAAAAUGAAAUAAAAAUGUUUCUCAAGUUGAUUAUAUUGUGAUAAAGAUUUGAUGUUUCGCGUGGGAUGAGCUGGAAGACAGGAGAGUAGGAGAAUAGACCCACCUGAUUUAGUGAAAUGUAGCAGAGGGUGAUCUACAAUAGCUUGAAGGCUGAGCCAAGCCAAUACAGGACUCUCAAAUUCAACCUUGGGAGAAAUGUAAUUUAACUGUCAAUAAAUAUCUUAGGCCUAACAAAGCUCAAAA